AUCACAGCUCGUUAUUAUCCCCCGCGUGUUGUUGUUCUUCCUCGGAUUUUUCCUCCGAGCAAAAAGCGUGAGAGGACAAAAGCGAAAACAACCAAUGGGCGAACAGUUUGUUACAGGGUCCGACAUUUUCGUGUGAUGGCGACGUUUUGGCUUCACAUUAUGACGAGGAAAUCACCAUUCGUCUGUUUGUUUUCCACUUUACGUCUGUUGGCUGGUGUGGUACGGUGUUAUUGAGACUUGACCCGCGUCUCUCAGGAGUGAUUCACGGUAGCCCAUCAGACACACCAAUGAAGAGAAAACCCAGUGCUCCUCUGCGUCCCAAACGCAGCAGGUUGGUCAGAGGCAGAGAGGAAUGUGCCACAGAGCUGGACUCUGUGCUGGGCUUCAACGUGCCGCUGCCCUGCUCUGAAACUGGUCCAGAAUCCGUCUCACAAAUCCGGCACCUGACUAUGUCACAGCAGAGUCACAGCCUCCUCAAGUUUUUAAAUGAAGAUCGGAGCAGGCAGAAGUUCUGUGAUGUGUCUGUGUCUGUGGGUGGGAGGAUCUAUAAAGCCCACAAGGUGGUUUUGGCCCAUGGGAGCAGCUACUUCCAUGCAGAGCUGUCCAAAAACCCUACUACAACACAUGUGACUCUGGACCAUGUAGAGGAUUCUGUUUUUCAGCACCUGCUGGGCUUUUUGUAUGCCUCUGAGAGCGAUGUCAAGGAGACAGACCUCCCAGCUCUUACUGAAGCAGCCCGAUUCCUGGAUAUGAUGGAUGUACUAAAAAUGCUGUGUGAGGAAGGGGAGGUCCAUCCUGUAAGUGUGAUCCAGGAUCAGGAAGAUAUGAGAAAGUCUCCUGAGGUAGAAAUGAUUUCCAGUGACUCACCAGCAGGUGACACAGACAUCCAGAGCCCAUUUGAGCCAAGCAGCCCGUGCAGUCAACAAUUUAGCUUGGACAAGUUAGUGCAGAACCACUUUACUGAGAGUAACAGAGAUGUACCACUAGAAAUGUUAACUGAGGAAGAGAAGACGGCAGGUCAGAGGAGUGUUGUCACACGGAGAUCUGCUCGAAGGAGGAGAACACCCACAAAGUACAAGAGAGAUGAUGUGGAGUACUUUGUCAACACUCCUGAGGAAAAACAAAGGAAUGCAUCACCGACCGUGCAACCUGGAGCCAGAGCGGAAGAAGCAGGAGAGGUGUCUGUAGAAAACCAAUCGUCCAAAGGGGACACGAAUGAAACAGCCAAACCAGCUCACAUGGAGGGCGUGGUGGAUGAUGAGGAAGGAGAGGAUGAAGGAGUGGACAUGAAUGAGAAUGUGUUUGCUCAGAGGAAUGCUGCUGAAGUUUGUGCAGCGGAGGACAAGAGUGCAAGUAAACAGAGUUCGGACGCAGAAUGGACCGAGUGUCAGGCUGUUCAAAAGGUGGAGGCGCCUGGACGAGCAGCAGCAGGAGGAGCCACCCAGAGUCCAGCUUAUCCUGAGGGUCUGGCUCCCGUCAUCAUUCAAACCUCCAGCAAGAAGACCCUUAAGUGUCCCAAAUGUGGCAAGACCUUUGAUCGUGCAGGGAAGUAUGUGAGUCACACCAGAGUGCACACCGGAGAGAAACCGUUCCAAUGUGACGUGUGUUUGCAGCGCUACUCCACCAAGUCCAACCUGACCGUGCAUAAGAAGAAGCACGCCAGCGACGCUCCCUUCCAGAUGAAGGAGCACAAAUGUCCCUUCUGCAACAAACUCCACGCCAGCAAAAAAACCCUGGCCAAACACGUUAGGAGGUUUCACCCAGACAACAUCCAAGAGUUUCUUUCCAAGACUAAGAGGAAGAGUGAAGGCUGGAAAUGUGCUAUUUGUCUGAAGACCUUCACCCGCAGGCCUCACCUGCAGGAGCACAUGAUCCUGCACACUCAAGACCGGCCUUUUAAAUGCCUUUUCUGUGACGAGCACUUCAAGUCGAGGUUUGCCAGGCUGAAGCACCAUGAAAAAUACCACUUAGGUCCUUUUCCCUGUGAGAUCUGCGGUCGACAGUUUAACGACACAGGAAACAGGAAGCGACACAUGGAGUGUACUCAUGGUGGCAAAAGGAAGUGGACUUGCUUUGUAUGUGGGAAAUCUGUUAGAGAAAGGACGACCUUGAGGGAGCACAUGAGGAUCCACAGUGGGGAGAAGCCUCACCUCUGCAGUAUCUGUGGUCAAAGUUUCCGUCACGGCAGCUCCUACAGGCUUCACCUGAGAGUCCACCACGAUGACAAGCGCUACGAGUGUGACGAAUGUGGGAAAACCUUCAUACGCCACGAUCACCUGACCAAACAUCAGAAAAUACACUCCGGUGAGAAGGCACACCAAUGUGAAGAGUGUGGCAAGUGCUUCAGGCGCCACGAUCACCUGACUGUCCACUACAAAAGUGUUCAUCUGGGAAUGAAAGUUUGGCAGAAGUAUAAAACUGCUGUGCAUCAGUGUGAGGUGUGCAAGAAAGAAUUUAAAGGAAAGUCCAGUCUAGAGAUGCACUUCAGGACCCACUCGGGUGAGAAACCCCACCGAUGUCCCGAAUGUCACCAAACAUUUCGCAUCAAGAAGACCUUGACGAAGCACAUGGUGAUUCACUCGGACGCGCGUCCUUUCAACUGUCCCCACUGCAGUGCCACCUUCAAGAGGAAGGACAAACUCAAGUACCACGUCGACCAUGUGCACAGCAACCGCUUUGCUGAGAAGCCCGUCAGCACUCUUAGCGAGGACAAAAUAGUCUCCAUCCCUUUUCCAGAAACCUCAAAGGCAUACCGAGCCGAACCCAAGUCAGCUCUCCAAAGCUCCCCCUCUCCUCUGAAUGUCUGCGUGCCGGUCACUUUAGUUCCUAUCCAGAUGCCAGGAGGCACACAAGGAGACCUGAACACUCAAGGGGGCUCGUCUCACUCCUCCCAAGCUCACAGUGUUGUGAGCAUGCAGGCACAAGGACAGCAGCAGAACUCUGGCUACCAGGCGUCCACAGAGCUGGCGUUCUUAGAGAAGUACACCCUCCCUCCCCAGCCCUCCAACAGGUCAGAUCAGAUGCUGGACCCCAGAGAGCAGUCCUACCUGGGCACGUUACUGGGACUGGACUCGGGUUCCUCUGUACAGAACAUGACCAACCCUGAUCACACACACUGAUACUCCUCACUCUGAAAAGCCUACAUACUUAUUUUAAUCAGAAGAAGAAGAGAGGCUACAAUAUUCACCACUAAAUAUCAAGGGGCAUUGUUUUAAUCUCCAUAUUGUGAUUGAUUUUAAAAAUCAAUCAAUUUGGCAUGAAAAUAACAUCUUGGGGUUUUAUGAAAGAGACGCAAAACAGUGAAUAAUGUAGAAGUUGGGGCGAAAGAUUAUAUACAAAUAGAAAUCUGACAAGUGUUGAGUGUAUUCACCCCUCCUUAUUGUGAAAGCCCCAAGUAAAAUCCAGUGCAAUUAAAUCAUCACAUAAGUCACAUAAUUAGUAAGUAGAGUCCACCUGUGUGCAAUUUAAUCUGAGAAUAAAUACAUCUGUUCUGUGAAGACCUGUUUGGUAGAGAAUAUUACCGAACCAAGACCAUCAUGAAGACCAAGGAGCUCACCAGAAAGAUCAGUAGGGUACAACAGCAAAACCUACCAAGACGUGGACGUCCACCUAAACUGACAAGCUGGGCAAGGAGAGCAUUAAUCAGAGGAGCAACUAAGACGCCCAUGGUAACUCUGGAGGAGCGGCAGUGAUCUGCAGCUCGGGUGGGAGACUCAGGUUAGUCGUGCACUGCACAAAUCUGGCCUUCAUGGAAGAGCGGUUAGAAGAAAGCCACUGUUGUCAUGUGGGAGCACACCAGACCUGCUGUGAAACAUGGUGGUGACGGCAUCAUGCUUUUCUUCAGCAGGGUCAGGGACGAUGGUCAGGGUUACUGGGGACAUGGAUGGGGCCAAAUACAGAGCCGCCCUUGAAGAAAACCUGCUGAGAGUCUGCAAAAGACUUGAGACUGGGGCGGGGGGCUCACCUUCCAGCAGGACAACAACACAAUGGAAUGGUUCAGAUCAAAGCUUAAUUAAUGUGCUAGAAUCAAAGCCCAGACCUAAACCCAAUUGAUAAUCUGAUCUGUGGCAAGACUUGAGAACUUCUGUUCAGAGUCUCCAUCCAAUCAGACUGAGCUCGAGCAAUUUUUGCAAAGAAGAAUGGGCAGAGCUGGUAGAGACAUACUUAUAUUGCAGCAACUGUCUCUUUCAUAAACCCCCAAUAAAACACAUUUAAAUUA